AUGGGUGAAGUGCCACAGGAGGACUCGCCGUUUCCGCUGACCGAGGUGGACAAGUUUGUACUGUCGCAGACAGAUGAGGAGUUCCAUCUGCACGAUUGGGAAGAUCUCAAGGAUAUCAUUUUAAAGAACAACCUGCAGGUACUCAAGCGCAAGCCAUCUGACUUACGCCGAUACAUGCAAUGGACUUCGGAAACCAAAGCCAAAUAUGGCUCAAUGACACAAUUCCUCCUCGUCAAUCGGUUACCCGACGCUUGGGGUGCCCCCCCCUUCACUCCGGCAUCCACCAUCCCAUUUGAGGACCCCUCCGACUAUAGCAUAUUGAUUAAUGACUGGCCGUAUGGACUUGACCCAGAGAUCCGGCACAUUGUUGUGUGGUUGCGCACUAGCAUUGCAACUGAUGCCGACACCGGAGACAUGACACCGGAGAGUAGGGCUGUGUGCGAGGCCUUUAUCAAGAGGCAGUUCGUCGAUAAACUUGGACGAGGAGGGGAGGAUCGGGUUGUCUGGUUCAAGAAUUGGGUAGCCCUGCAGAGUGUGCGCGCCCUGGAGCAUAUUCAUGUGUUGGUGCGCAAUGUCGAUGACGACACCUUGAAGGAAUGGACGGGAGAGCAACCUCAGCAGAACACUUAG